UCAUAUUAUAUCGAUAUUGUAUCGAAUAACAAUUUAUGCUACUUUGUCGGUUAAUUAUGUUAUUAGCUAAUUAUUUGUAUUAUUAAAAUAAUAUUAUCUUUGCUGCCUUAGCUCUAAAAUCGAAUGCAUAAAUCUAAUUAAAAUAUGAAAUAUAAUUACUUACCUAAGUGUUUAAUUUGAGGAUUAGUUGCAAAGUAAUUUCUUUUUGUCGUGUGGUAAUAAACGGGUAGCUUAAAUUAUUUAUCAAACGAUACGAUGUGGGAAACUUCCACAUUUAUGGGUGUACUUACUCCCAAAUUCUAUGUCGCUCUCACUGGCACAUCUUCUCUCCUAUCUGGACUGAUAUUAAUCUUCGAGUGGUGGUACUUCCGCAAGUAUGGAACCUCUUUUAUUGAACAGAUGUCGCUGGUGUCGCUGGGUGUGUGGGCAGGUUGCAGCGGAGCAGGCGGGCCUGCUCCCGGGGCUGACGGCGAGUGCAAGGUGUGGCGCAACCCGAUGUCGCUUCUGCGCGGAGCUGAGUACGCGCGCCUGUGGAGUAGCGUACGCCGCGCGCCGCUCACCUACUACGAUAUGAAUCUCUCUGCACAGGAGCACCAGGCGUGGUUCGGUGGCUCGGACGGGGGACCGGGUGAGGAGGAACUGGCUCGUGCGUGGCGCGAACGAGAGCCGGCCGUGCGCGUGGCGUGCGCGAGAGCAGCGCUGGCCAGCCGCCCGGACUGUGCCGCCGCGCUGCUGUUGCUGGCAGAAGAAGACGCGCCCACCGUCGCCGAGGCGGAGCGAGUUCUGCGACGCGCCUGGCGGGCGGGCGAGGCCGCGUGUCGCGCACUCGGCGCAGCGGGCGCGAGUGGCGCGGUGGCCGCGAGGCGCGAGGCCGGAGUGUUAGCGCACGUCAAGCGCCGAGCUGCCAUGUGCGCUCGCCGCCUGGGCCGGGUGCGUGACGCGGCCCGCCUGUUCCGCGAACUAGCGCGCGAUGCUCCGCCAGCGCUGCACGCGCUACGUGUCCACGAUAACCUCCUCGAGGUGUUGCUUGAGCAGCGCCAGUACGCCGACGCCGCAGCGCUGCUCGCACGUCUCGAGGAAGCACCCACCGCCACCACGCUCUACUCGCUGGCACUGCUGCGCGCGCGCACGCUGGCUGCUGCCGAAUGUGCCCGCGUGCCUGAUGACGUGGCCGAGGUGAUGCGGGCGGCCCUGGAGUACAACCCGUACGUGAGCGAUUACCUACUGGAGAGGCGCGCGCUUACGUUCCCACCUGAGCACGUGGUUCGACGUGGCGACAGCGAGGCGCUAGCGUACGCGUUCUGGCACAUAGUGCACUGGCAGCGAGCCGAGCCCGCGCUUCAAGUGCUGGCCGCGGUGGAGGCAGCUUACCCCGCCCAGUCCCGCGGGUCACGGCCACCCGCUCCGCGCGCUGACCUUGAGCUGAUGGCGCCACGCCCCCCUCCGCGUCGUGCACCAUUGCUUCCACUAGCUGCCGUGCUGUGCCUACUCACUGCGAUCACAGUUCUCACAGCGCAUUACUGCGCGCCCUUCGAGUUCGACCCCUACGCCCUGCUGGCCGCACGCUGAUUUCUUCAGGUUUUCAGUAUUUCAGGUUGUCUUCGGAAUUUGAUACUAAGCAAAAAUAUAAAUUAUACAACUUAAAUAGUAUUUCUCGCUCUUAAAGUUCUUCCGCUCAUGACACUGCUACUGUAAUCUGCACUGAUUUUGAAAAAGCGUUUGAUCGAGUUGAUCACGUCAUUCUACUUCAUAAGACAGACACUCUAGGUGUUUAGGCGGAGACCUUUAUAGAUGGUUUGAAUACUUUAUUACAAACAUGAGACAAGCUAUUGCAAUUGAAAGUGCUCCUAGUGAACAUGUAACAAUCAGUUAAGGUGUUCCUCAGGGAUCUAUCCUGAGACCUUCGCUUUUUAAUAUUUACCUUAUUGGUAUUAAUGCCUAUGUAGACGCUGCAAAUUAGCUGAAAAAAUCAAAAUCUUAGAAUAAUUAAUAUUGACGACUGCCACAAAAUACAAAAAGAUCUGAACAAUUUUUGUAAAUUUUUAUAAAAGAAACAGGAUAUAUUAAGAUGUCUCCAAAUAAUUUUUUGCCGUAAAAACGCAAUAAUAGACUAUACUUAUUGUAUAAGUAAUGCCCCUUAAGAGAACUUAAUCGGUUUGUGGCUUGGAUACGCGAAUUCACUCCAAAAUUAAUGUCAUCAUUGCGUCUAUAUGAGACGCAAUCACAGAUAGUGCAUUAUAAUAAUAAGCAAUUAUGAUGUAUGAAAUGGGUUUGUGGUUCAUUCAAGAUGUGGAUUCGCAUAUUAUGUUUGAAGUUCAUUUGAAUACGCGUGUAGCAUAUGAUUAAUAUUGAGAUAAUACAAGAAAAAAAUAUUAAAUAUUUAUGUUUUAAAUGAUUCGAAAGUUACAAUGAAGCGUGUAAAUACUUCAAAUUGGACACUUUAGAAAAUAGAAGACGACAAUUCGACAUUGUAUUGUUUCACAACAUUUUAUGGAAUAAAGUAGAUUGCAGCGAACUACUUGCAAAGAUAUCAUUUCAAGUCCCACUCUAUCGAACACGCUGGAACGGGGAAGGGCGCUGGUGUGGGACGCGACUUGCGUCGACACUCUGGCUCCUGCUCAUGUCCAAGUUACGUCAGUUGGUCAGACUGCCAAAGACGGCAAGUGUCGCAAAUAUAUUGGUCUCAGUGAGUCAUAGUUCACAUAUUUGUGCCCUUUGGAAUUUUGGUUAUCGAACACGACAUACAGAAUUAUUUCAAAUACAAAAUUUAAGCAUGAAUAAUGCUCGAAACUCAGCUCUAUGCCGUAUUGCACAAACAUUUUUUUUUGACAAACGGGCAAGAGGCUCACGGGAUGGGAGUGGUGAGGUAAACGCACAUGGACAUCCGCAACAAGUGUCAGGAGAUUCGUGGCCGACAAGUUUUAAGGUGGAAGUAUGCUCUUUUCUUGGUGGUCCUUAAAUCGUAUCGGUUCCGGAAAUCAGAAGCCGGUAAUUGAUUCCACAAAGUUGCUGUGCGUCUCAAGAAAUUUCUACAAAAACGCGCGGUUGUGGAAUACCAGACGUGAUGCGGGUGGCAUUUUGACGUAAAGUCCGAUGGUGGAAUUCGGCCGCUGGAAUCAACCCGAACUGCUCUUCUGAGCACUCGCCGUGAUUUUAAUAGAUAAAUAAAUAGAUUCUAAUAUAGAUCUAUUUCAUUUGUCGAACUAAAAACUAAAAUCUGAAAUAAGAAAAAUGCACGAAAUAAAAGCAACCUACAAAUAAGACUUAAGGAUAUGUGUAACAGGAUUAAGUAGUAUUCAUAGCUCGAAAUGCUAUACUUUCACCACAAAACAUGUCUAAAAACACCAUGUUUGCGUGUUUUCUGCUUACUCUUCGCUAAGCUACUCGCUACUUAAAAGGAUGUAUGGCGUAUUAGUGGUUGUUAAAAAAUUGUUCUCAUAUCAAAACUAUUAACAAAUUAUAUUAAUUUUACCACCUAUGAAAAAUAGUUAUUGUUGCAUAAUAAAUUCUACCUAACUCACCUUGACUAACUCUGCUUCGUACAGAUGUCAUUUUGGAAAAUGUUUCGAAUUUGUUACAGAAAUUCGUAUAUCAAAUUCUUAACAUGCAGCUAAAUUUAAAAUUCUGACUCCACAUUAUUGCUAAUCUCUCAUGGGCUUCCAAACCUGAUAAAUAGAUUGAUAAAUACAUCUUCCCAAAUAAACGCAAACAUCAAGUGAAAUGCUAUGAUAUUAUCUUUUUUAAAUCGAAACUCGACGUAGUAACGUAUUGAAAAUUAACGGUCGUAGGUAUUUAGAUCUCUAGGUUUUGUAAUCUUUUUCUAUUUAUUUAAAUUAUUAUUAAACUAAUUUCAGUUUUGCUAUAAAUAGCAGUUCGUGCUACAUUGCUUUGCUUUUUUUUCAGGUCCAUCAACAGCAUGCAAUUACCUAAACCUAUAGGUGUGGUUAUUGCUUAGACGGUUAAAACUUGUUUCUUUUUUCAAUAGAAUGAAAGUUAUGGUGUCGUUAGAUGAUUGUUUAAACUGUUUACAAAAACAAUCUGUAUGAUUUGAAGCAAUGUCGCAAUCUUUAUGUUUGGUGCAAUCGUGGCUUAAAGAGGAAAAUGAAACUCGCGUCUAAUCGGGCGUCGAGUCAAUAUCGAGAUUUAGGACUUAUCCUACAGUAUCAUUGAAAAGAUAAUUAACUCCCUUCACACUAUCUCUUGUUAGUAACUCUUUUGUAAAUAUUUUUCAAUCAUAAUUUUUCAUUAUUUAUUAAUAAAUGAAUGUAAAUUAAAAAAAUUAUAAAA